AUGUGCUCUUAUCAUAUUACAAAACAAGUAUCAAUUAUAUGUAUAGCCCCUCAUAAGUGUUAAUGCUAAAGAAAACUGUGUUCUGAAUGCUUUUAAGACCAUGGAAUGGAUGUCAAACAAACAAUACCUAUUGAUAAUUUUGGAGAAAUUGUUAUUAAGAAAUUAAAAGAAUUUAAAUUUAAUUCGACAAUUGAAUUAAGCAAAGAAAAAAUGAAUUUAAAAUCCACUCUCUCUCAAAUUGAAAUUAUGAUGAAGAAAAUUUUGGAAGAUUUAAUAGAAUAAAUUAACUAAAUUGACGAAAUGAUUGAAUAGGAAAAUAAUUAUUUCAUUAAUCUUACCAACGAAAAUAUGAAUUUAGCAGAGUCUUCUGAGGCUGACUUAGAAAAGUUAAUUUAAAUUUUUGAAAGCAAUUCUCUAAAUUAAUGGUAUAAUUAGAAAAAAAUAUAAUUGAUCAAGUUAGAAGAGAUAAAGAAAUGGUUGGAUUAAGAAGUUAAGGUUUUUAAUGAAAAGGUAAGGAAAGAAAUGAAUCUAUUCCAUUUAAUUGGUUAAUCUAAUGUUUAAUAAUAGAUUGUUUAAGAAGAGACACAAAAGUUUAAAGUCAAACACU